UUUGAAUAUAUUUCUUCGCCGGCGACCUCUCAGAUCUAGUUGUUCCUCUCCAAUUUUCGCAAUUCGAAACCCUAAAUUCUCACACUCGGAGCAGACUCAGUGUCAGUGUUAGGCUUUUGAAGUAGUUUGAGCUCCAAUGUCGGUCCGUUAGUGCAGAAAUUAGGGUUUUUAUUAUUCACCGCAGGAUGGUGAUUUAGUUCCCAAAACUCUUCUUUUUCUGAAGAGACCUAAAAACCUAGAUUUUAUCCAAAAGAAUGCAGGGCUCGUCGCAGAGCUCUGUGGCUCAGCCGGAAGCCAUAUUGCAAUGGCUUCAGAAGGAAAUGGGGUACCGGCCCUUGGGUCCGUACAGUGCUGCUAGCAAAUCUCAAUUGCCCUCAAUCGACUCGCUGAGGAAGAUUUGCCGGGGGAAUAUGAUACCCAUUUGGAAUUUCUUGAUUACCCGCGUGAAGUCGGAGAAUACGGUGAAGAAUAUUCGGAGGAAUAUAACGGUUCAUGGCGGCGGCAGCGGUGGCGGCGAUAGUGGUGCAUUGGUAAAAUCGGGGAAGGAGGAGGGCGUAAGGAGUAAAGGAGGUAGGAGAAAGGAGAAGCUUGGGGAGGGUUCGAGUGCGGCAGAGACUAGGGAGGCUGCGCUGCAAGAGAGGGACUUGGCGUCAAGGGAAGUGGAGAAGUUGAGGAACAUUGUGAAGAGACAAAGGAAGGAUUUGAAGGCCAGAAUGUUGGAGGUUUCAAGGGCAGAGGCCGAACGGAAGAGGAUGCUUGAUGAACGCUCUAAAAAAAGGCAUAAGCAGGUAAUGUUGGAUGCUUACUAUCAACAGUGUGAUGAAGCGGAAAAGAUAUUUGCAGAGUAUCAUAAACGUCUUCGUUAUUAUGUUAAUCAAGCAAGGGAUGCUCAAAGGUCAGGUGUUGAUUCAUCUCUGGAAUUGGUUAACAGCUUUAGUUCAAGCAGUGAAAAGGAAGCUGUUUAUUCAACUCUUAAGGGCAGUAAAGCAGCAGAUGAUGUACUUCUUAUUGAAACCACUCGGGAAAGAAACAUCCGGAAGGCCUGUGAAUCUCUUGCAGCACAUAUGAUUGAAAAGAUUCGGAAUUCUUUUCCUGCAUAUGAAGGAAGUGGUGUUCAUUUGAAUCCUCAAUUAGAAACAGCCAAGUUAGGCUUUUAUUUUGAUGGGGAAUUACCUGAUGAGGUUAGAGCUGCGAUUGUGAAUGGGUUAAAGAGUCCUCCUCAAUUGCUUCAGGCAGUUACUUCAUACACAUCACGGUUGAAAUCUCUAAUUUCCAGAGAAAUAGAGAAAAUUGAUGUUAGAGCUGAUGCAGAAACUUUAAGGUACAAGUAUGAGAACAACCGAGUUAUUGAUGUUUCUUCUCCUGAUGUGAGUUCACCAUUACACUAUCAACUUUAUGGUAAUGGAAAGAUAGGAGUUGAUGCACCUUCUAGAGGAACUCAACUUCUUGAACGACAGAAAGCACAUGUUCAGCAAUUUUUGGCUACUGAAGAUGCACUGAACAAAGCUGCAGAAGCUAGGGAUCUGUGUCAAAAACUUAUAAAACGCUUGCAUGGAAAUAGUGACGCAGUUUCUUCAGGCACAUCACAAAAUGUGGGCAGUCUUAGGCAACUUGAGCUGGAGGUUUGGACCAAGGAAAGAGAAGUUGCUGGCUUGAGGGCUAGCUUGAAUACGCUGAUGUCUGAAAUACAACGCUUGAAUAAAUUAUGUGCAGAAAGGAAAGAAGCUGAAGAUUCAUUGAAAAAGAAGUGGAAAAAGAUUGAAGAAUUUGAUUCCCGCAGAUCGGAACUUGAAAUCAUAUACAGUGCUCUACUAAAAGUAAACAUGGAUGCCGCUGUGUUCUGGAAUCAGCAGCCAUUAGCCGCACGGGAGUAUGCAUCAACCACUAUUAUUCCAGCAUGCACAAUAGUUAUGGAUCUUUCAAAUAGUGCAAAAGAUCUUAUUGAAAGAGAAGUUUCUGUUUUUGAUCAAAGUCCUGAUAAUAGCCUCUACAUGCUUCCAGCAACUCCACAGGCACUAUUGGAGUCCAUGGGUGCAAGUGGGUCUACUGGACCUGAAGCUGUUGCUGCUGCAGAAAAGAAUGCUGCUAUAUUAACUGCAAAAGCAGGUGCCCGGGAUCCAUCAGCAAUACCAUCCAUAUGUCGAAUAUCUGCUGCCCUUCAGUAUCCUGCUGGUUUGGAGGGUUCAGAUACUGCUUUAGCAUCAAUCCUAGAGUCACUGGAGUUCUGCUUGAAACUUCGUGGUUCUGAGGCUAGUGUGUUGGAGGACUUAGCAAAGGCAAUCAAUUUGGUCCAUACACGGCAGGAUCUUGUUGAAAGUGGUCAUGUGUUGUUGAACCAUGCGUAUAGAGCUCAACAAGAAUAUGAAAGGACAACAAGUUAUUGUUUAAAUUUGGCUGCGGAGCAAGAGAAAACUGUCAUGGAGAAAUGGUUGCCCGAACUUAAGGUUGCAAUUUUGAGUGCUCAGAAAUGCUUGGAGGAUUGCAACUAUGUUAGGGGAUUGCUUGAUGAAUGGUGGGAGCAACCAGCAGCAACUGUUGUUGACUGGGUCCUAGUUGAUGGAUUAAAUGUUGCUGCUUGGCAUAAUCAUGUGAAGCAGCUCCUUGCAUUUUAUGAUCAAGAGCACUUGUGAAUAUUAUUCGAGUACUCAGCAAGCAAGAUUUUCUUGGGAUCUCCCUGGUUUUCCCAUGUCAUUUGCCACUUCAAUGACCAUAUAAAUAACCAACAUAACUGGCAGGCAAUACGCGUACGGGGUACAGUUAGCAAAUGGAAGCAUAUACUGAGGAUAUCACUUCUAUAUUACGGUUUGAGGAGGAUCUGGUCCUGAUUUUAGUUGCUUUUAAGUUUGUUAUACUGGAAGACCAGAUUUUUUUAACUUUUCCAAAUCACUUUUUGUACAGAAUAGCAAGGAUGUGUUGUAUCAUAAACUUUGUAGCUUGGUUUUUUGGUGGGUAUUCCCUCGAGGAUUGAUUGAUCCCGGAAAAUGGAAAUGAUUUGAACUGUAGAGAUUUCAUUUGUAGUCCGAAUGUGACUUGGUCUUAUUGAAUGAAAGGGCAGCUUGAUGACGAGCAUCGUUGAUA